AUGGCAGGGACGCCUUCCAAGGUUGCUCCAAGCCCCGUCCAACCUGGCCUUGGACAUUUCCAGGGAUCCAGGGGCAGCCACAGCUUCUCUGGGCAACCUGGCUCCACGACUCUGCCAUGCCCAGCACGUGGAACCGGCCCCUCUGUGACAUCAGCCCCGGCCCGGGGGCACCGGCAGGGCCGUGGGGGCUGCGCUGGAGGUGACCCCCCGCUCCUGGCACUGCCACCCAUGGCUUGGCUGUGGCUACUGGUCCUGCUGGCCCAGGCCGGGCCCGUGGGUGGUAACUGGGACACCUGCAGAGGGACCUGCGGGCUCCGGCCCAUGGCUUCCGACCACAACUCCCUGAUUCCCGACGGCCCCGUGGCUUUGGCCGACGGCACGUCCCGCGUCGUGGGGGGCACCGGAGUCCAGCCGGGGGCCUGGCCCGGCAUCGUCAGCAUCCAGGCCACCUGGAAGAAUGGCACGUGGCACAUGUGCUCGGGUGUCCUCCUCAGCUUCCAGUGGGUCCUCACGGUCGCCCACUGCUUCAUCAGGGCCGGGGACUUCUACCGGUGGGACGUGGUGAUCGGGGCCACGGAUCUGACUCAGCCGGGCCCCGAGGCCGAGGUGAGGCACAUCCAGAGGCUCCUGGUGCACCAGCACUACGUGGCUGCCACGGCAAGGAACGACAUUGCCCUGCUGGAGCUGGACCGGCCCGUGGAGUGCAGUGACUACAUCCAGCUGGGCUGUGUGCCCGACACCUCGGUGAGGGUCUCGGACCUGAAAUCCUGCUACAUCGCGGGAUGGGAUUUCUCUGCGGACACAGCUCUGGGACCAAAUGUGGUGCUGCAGGAGGCCAAGGUUCACCUCAUGGACACACGGCUCUGUAACAGCAGCCGGUGGUACGGGGGGGCCGUGCACCCCGAAAACCUGUGUGCUGGGUACCCGCAGGGCGGCAUCGACACCUGCCAGGGGGACAGCGGGGGUCCCCUGGUCUGCAAGGACAAGAGAGCUGACUUCUUCUGGCUGGUGGGGCUGAGCAGCUGGGGAAGAGGCUGCUACAAAGCCAGGCACCCCGGGAUCUACACCUCCACUCAGCACUUCCACAACUGGAUCCUGGUCCAGACGGGCCUGAGCCCAGCAGAAAUUGCCACUCCAACACCAGCCACUCCAGCACCAGAGCCAGGCUGUACCGCAGCCCCCGAGGAGAUCCCAGUGCCAGCGAUCACCCCGACCCCCCAGGAAAUCCCCACACGACAGGUCAUCUUGAUCCCCGAGGAAGAGGAGGAGGACGAGGAGGAGGAGGAAGAGGAGCCGACGCCAGAGCCACAACCAACCAUCAUCCCGACCCCAGAAGAGGAGGAGGAGGAGGAAGAGGAGGAGGAGGAGCCGACGCCAGAACCAACCAUCAUCCCGACCCCAGAAGAGGAGGAGGAGGAGGAAGAGGAGGAGGAGGAGGAGCCGACGCCAGAGCCAGAACCAACCAUCAUCUCGACCCCAGAAGAGGAGGAGGAGGAGGAGGAAGAGGAGGAGCCGACGCCAGAGCCAGAACCAACCAUCAUCUCGACCCCAGAAGAGGAGGAGGAGGAGGAGGAGGAGGAGGAAGAGGAGGAGGAGCCGCUGCCAGAGCCAGAACCAGAGGCAGAGAUAAGGCCAGCCCCCGUGUUGAUCCCCGAGGAGGAGGAGGAGGAGGAGGAGGAGGAGCCGGAGGAGCCGGUGCUCACACCGCAAUCCGACAGGCUGCUGAUCAUUUCAGUGCCCUACCAGAGCCUGCUGAAAUUCUGUAACCUGCUGACGAACUUCUUGCGGUUGCUGAGGGACAAAAUUGAUUGACCAGAAGGACGAGCAGGUCCAGUUCUGGCUGCCAUGGAUCAGGACCAUUCCCUGAUGGAAUCACGGCUGUGGGGCCAAAGGCAGCCCCAGUGCCCAGGACUGCUCCGUCCUCUCCCGCUCCUCCCCUGCGCCCACCCCGAUGGAGAAGUUCUGUUGUUAUCAAAAUAAAGUUUUCGUGUUCCCCACUAA